AUGCUACGCAGUCAUCAAGGCGCCGACCCAGCUGCCGGGUUUGAUGGUUUCCGUUUCAGCAAGCUCCGAGCGAUGCCAGGAAAUGAGAAUAAAUACCAGUACAUUACCACGACUUCUGACUACCUAGCUUGGGGUCUGGGCACGCACAGCUGUCCCGGGCGAUUUUUCAGCCGCACAUGUAUCAAGGUACACUUUGUUGAGCUUUUGCGUUUCUUGGACUUUAGAUUGGUGGGUGAUGUUGAGCGCAAGGGUGGACCUGCUGUUGGACAUAUGUUGAAUGAUUUUACGCUUACGACCGAUAUUUCUGUUCCGCUUCAGAUGAAGCGCUUGGAGGUAGCUCAUUAG